CUUGCGAAUGAAUUAAUAUCCGAUGUUAUUUCAAAAAAACGCACGGAAGGAGAUUCCUUUCAGAUCACUAAGACCAAAGAAUGCGUUGAAUUUUAUAAAAAUCUUGAUAAGGAAGACAAGAUCAAAUUUUUGCGUGUACUAUAUCGCAAUUUUGGUGGUUAUAAUUCAUCACUGAUACUUAGGUUUUGCGUUCCAAGAGAAAAGUCUGUUGAAGCUGCACAACGAUACAUAAACUCAUUCAAUGAAGAUCCAUAUGGAAGAGCAGCCGUUCGUGCCGAAAUGGUAUUAAGACAUUCUAUGAUACCAUCACAUGAUGCUUUCUUUGACCAUAUGGUUGCAUUGCCUGGAGGGACUAAAUUUUUGGUAGACAUGCGAGCAGACUUGUUGCAACAUAUUCGUGAAAACAAUCACGACGUGGGAUUGACAGCUCUUAAUGAGUAUUUGAAACAUAAGUUAGCAUCCUGGUUGUUAGGGAAUAUCACUUUAAGAAGAAUAACAUGGGAUUCUCCUGGUUCCAUCCUGGAAAAUCUGACUAAAUACGAAGCGGUUCAUGUGAUCAAAGAUUGGAAGGAUUUGAAAAGGCGAGUUGGAUCCGGGAGACGUCUUUUCGCUUUCUUUCACAGUGAGAUGCCGCACGAUCCGCUCAUCUUUAUUAAUGUAGCACUUGUCAAAGAACUUACAGGAGAUGUCCUGACGAUAUUAAAAGAACCGUCGCCUGGCGCAUCGUUAAAAUAUGAAGAA